GCGGCGGGCGGGUGCGGCCCUCGGCGGCGGAGGGCGCCAUGGUCGGUGGCGAGGCGGCUGCCGCGGUGGCGGAGCUGGUUUCGGGGGUGCGGCAGGCGGCUGACUUCGCGGAGCAGUUCCGCUCCUACUCGGAGAGCGAGAAGCAAUGGAAGGCUCGCAUGGAAUUCAUCCUGCGCCACUUGCCGGACUACCGCGACCCGCCAGAUGGCGGUGGCCGCCUGGACCAGCUGCUGUCCCUCUCCAUGGUGUGGGCCAACCACCUCUUCCUGGGUUGCAGUUACAACAAAGACCUUUUAGACAAAGUGAUGGAAAUGGCUGAUGGGAUUGAAGUGGAAGACCUGCCACAGUUUACUACCAGAAGUGAAUUAAUGAAAAAGCAUCAAAGCUAAGGCAGAAGAUUCAUCACAUUUUCAACAUCAGCUUAGGAAGGAGGCUGGGAUGAAUGUGACAUUGACCACAGCAGCUCUCUUAAGAUUCCUGGUAUUUCAACCUGUAGGAAAUCAAGAGGCAGUUGGAAUGAUAGAUAGUCUUGUCUAGAUUGGAGUUUUAAAAGGUCUCAUUCUUCCAGUAGCUAUCAUUCUAAAAGUGUGCAUGGAUAUUUGUGGAUUUAUAAAUCAUGCCUUUUUUUAUUCUUUUUGAAUGUCAAACUUUUUGUUAAAAAAUCCCUAUUUUUUUUAUGUUGAUGUAAUAAUUGUAGGUAAUGAAUUUUACAAUUUGGAUUUUUCAACAAUGUAUCUUCAAGUCUGA